AACAAUCUUACUUUCACUGGUGCCAUCAAUGGAGACGUGUAUGUCUGGAAGGAUCAUUUUCUGAUUCGGCUGGUGGCAAAAGCCCACACAGGACCCGUCUUUACAAUGUACACAACUCUUCGAGAUGGCCUCAUCGUUACUGGAGGGAAGGAGAGACCAACGAAAGAAGGAGGUGCUGUGAAACUGUGGGACCAGGAGAUGAAGCGCUGCCGAGCAUUUCAGCUGGAGACAGGGCAGCUGGUGGAGUGUGUGCGCUCCGUGUGCAGAGGGAAGGGCAAAAUAUUGGUGGGCAGCAAGGAUGGGGAAAUACUUGAAAUUGGUGAAAAAAAUGGUGCUUCAAACCUGCUGAUUGACAGCCACAUGGAAGGAGAGAUUUGGGGCUUAGCUACCCAUCCCUCCAAAGACAUCUUUAUCUCUGCUAGUAAUGAUGGAACUGCAAGGAUCUGGGACCUUUGUGACAAAAAACUGCUGAAUAAGGUGAAUCUGGGCCACGCUGCCAGAUGUGCUGCCUAUAGCCCUGAUGGCGAGAUGGUUGCUAUUGGCAUGAAGAAUGGAGAAUUCAUCAUUUUGCUUGUGAACAGCCUUAAGGUCUGGGGUAAAAAACGAGACCGGAAGUCUGCUAUCCAGGACAUCAGAAUCAGCCCUGAUAACCGGUUUCUGGCAGUGGGUUCCCAGGAGCACACUGUCGACUUUUAUGACCUCACCCAAGGGACAACCUUGAACCGGAUAGGCUACUGUAAGGACAUUCCAAGCUUUGUCAUCCAGAUGGAUUUUUCAGCAGACAGCAAAUACAUUCAGGUGUCAACUGGUGCCUACAAACGCCAGGUUCAUGAGGUGCCACUAGGAAAGCAAGUGACAGACACUUCACACAUCGGCAAGAUCACCUGGGCCACCUGGACAAGCAUCCUUGGGGAUGAAGUCAUUGGUAUUUGGCCCCGAAAUGCAGAUAAAGCUGAUGUCAACUGUGCUUGUGUGAGUCACGCUGGCCUAAACAUUGUCUCUGGAGAUGAUUUUGGACUAGUCAAACUCUUUGAUUUCCCCUGCACUGAAAAAUUUGCCAAACACAAGCGCUAUUUUGGUCACUCUGCACAUGUCACCAACAUUCGCUUUUCUCAUGAUGACAAGUAUGUGAUCAGCACCGGAGGUGAUGACUGCAGUGUCUUUGUAUGGCGAUGUCUUUGAAUAUUAAUUCUUCCCAGUGCCACACGUGAUACCACCACCAUGUGAGUGCCAAACAGUGGACAUUAGCCAUGCCUCCCAAGACCUCAGCAGCUGGCUGUUAUCAAAUGGUGCCUGGAUUGUGGUUUUAUGAAACCUACAUGUGGUUAUGGUGGAUGCUACAAGGAACCUCAACUGUGCCGUCACCGAGAAGGAAGCAAACAGAAUCGACCCACUUCUUAGCUGAAGAGAUGGUCCAGUUCAGCUAACGCUAAACCUCUCAUUUAUACA